UAAUCUAUAUGUUAAGACAAAUCAAACAAGAUCACACAUGACUAUAUUUAGGCUUACACAUUGAGAGAAUUUGAUGAGUCAAACAUUAUUUCAGCUGCUUCUUUUUCUUCCCUCUUCAAUUGUUGGCUCCUUUCUGUGCAGAUUUCCAGUUUUGGACUAUCCAGUACACAAGCAGGGAGGGAUAAGCAUCAAUAGCUAUUUGUGUAAAAAGUAUAUUUCAAAGAAUGGGGUAGGCCUAAGAACCCAAUCUGAUUUCUUGGAUGCUUUUUUUUUCUUCUGGGCAACUUGGGAUGGAAUUCUCAAAGUUUGAAUGGCUAGUUCCAGAUUGCAGAGGUUGAAGAAGAAGAAGAAGAAGAGGGUGGAAAGCCAAACUGUGAAAAGGUUGUCAAAAGCUGGAACCAGAAACGGAUUGGUCGGAAGAAUGGGGGAGAAUCGUCAGCAGAGGUCGUCAAGGUUUGGAAUGAGGAGCGCGGCGGCAGGCGAGAUAGUAGAGGUGCAAGGCGGCCACAUUGUCAGGUCCACGGGGCGGAAAGACCGCCACAGCAAGGUCUGCACGGCAAAAGGCCCCAGGGACCGCCGUGUCCGGCUAGCCGCCCACACUGCCAUUCAGUUCUACGACGUCCAAGACAGGCUCGGCUACGACCGACCCAGCAAGGCCGUCGAUUGGCUCAUCAAGAAGGCCAAACCGGCCAUUGAUGAGCUGGCUGAACUCCCCGCCUGGAAACCCCGUGACCAGAAUUUCGACUCUGGAGGUGCCAAUAAUGUUGCCGGACCUUCUUCUAGUAAGAGACCUGCUAUGAUGAUGCUCCCGCCGGAGAAACAAAAAGCAUCGAGCUUUUUGCCUCCUUCUUUAGAUUCUGACGCCAUUGCUGACACCAUCAAAUCCUUCUUCCCCAUGGGAGCUUCAGAGGAGGCAAAUUCUUCUUCAUCUAUGCACUUCCCAAGCUUCGGACAUCAUCAUCAGUCCGAUUUGCUGCCCCGAACAUGCAAUCAGACCCAAGAUUUGAGGCUCUCUUUACAGUCAUUUCAAGAUCCAACCACCACUAUCAUUCUCCACCACCACCAAGACCAGCAAGAACCUCAUCAGCACCACAAGAGCGCCGCUAGCCAUAGAGCCCUCUUUGAUGCUUCCGGCGGCUGGUCUGACCACCACCUUCCGGCUUGGAACGCUGGCGGAGAAGCAGCUGCCUGCAGUGCUGCAUCGGCGGAAACAGGAGGAUUCUUGUUCAGUUCGCCUCAUCAGCCAGUAUUUCAGCAGUUGCUCGGUGGGCCGAGUCAGUAUCUUUCUUCUCAGAGGGGACCCCUUCAGUCCAGUUACUCGCCUUCGAUUCGUGCUUGGAUGGACCAAUCAUCGGCCAUAGCCAUUGCCGCUGGUGUUGAACCAAACCAGCACUACCAAUCAGCAAUGUUACCCAUUUAUCCAUCACCUUCCCUACCCGGUUUGGGAUUCUCCACUGGAGUAGGAGAUUUGUCUGGGUUUCGCAUUCCUGCACGAAUCCAAGGUGAAGAGGAGCACGAUGGCAUUUCAGAUAGGCCAUCCUCUGCUUCCUCUGAUUCCCGCCGUUAAAUUCGCCCUUUCAAGCUUCACUCUUUUCCUCCCUCCAAGGUCUUGAUGCUUGACUGUUUCUUGAAGUCAUGAUUUCGUGCAAAAGAUGUAGUAUCUGCAGGAGAUCUUGGAGGGAUAGACUGGAGAGGAAUAUUACUGAGUCUAUGUCAACGGCGCGGCAACCACCCGUGGUUAGAUUCAUUCUGAGCAUAGUUUCAGGUGUUUCUAUCCCUGGUUUAUUCAUUUUCUGUAUUUGUCCCGUUAAAAUAAUAAUUCAACUGUUAAUCGUUAUUUCAUGUAUGGUUGAUUGAGCUUCCCGAGCUGAACUAUUUCCAGUUCUGUUGUGUGUUUCUGUUUUCGGACCAGUGGGUCUUCAAUGAAGUUUAUGAAUUUAG